CCUACACUUCCCAAGUUACGCUUACACACAGGUGUUUGCUGCAUGCUAGAUAGCACAGGCCUCUUGUCUUCCGUAAACAAACGCUGUGACAUGGAGAUAGGGUUAGUGUUUCCACACUGCCAUAUCAAGAACUCACCAGUAAUGAGAAAGAUCACAUCCCAGAAUGCCCGAUUCAUCAUGAAGGGCAAUGAUCUAAACUUGAUGUUAAUGGUGACGUCAUGUGCCAUUGGAGGCACUCUUCAGUAUGGCUACAACCUUGCCAUAAUGAACGCACCCACCAUAUUCAUUCAGAACUUUGUUAACGAGACAUUUCGGGAGCGCUGGGACGUGCAGCUGAAGAACUACCAGGUCACUCUGGUCUGGACUUGCAUUGUGUCCAUCUACUCCCUGGGAGGCCUGGCCGGAGCUCUUAUAGCUGGACCCAUGAGCAUAACCUUUGGAAGGAAGAAGACUAUGCUGUUGAAUAAUAUUUUCUUGAUGCUGAGUUCACUCCUAGCGUUGACCAGCAGAGCUGCCAAGUCUUUUGAGAUGAUCAUCAUCUCCAGGGUCCUGGUUGGAAUCAAUGCUGGGAUCAGUAUGAAUGUGCAACCCAUGUAUUUUGGUGAGAGUGCUCCCAAGCACCUGCGAGGGGCUGCUUCCCUGUCAUCAGCCAUCUUCACAGCGUUUGGAGUGGUGUUAGGACAGGUCGUGGGCCUCAGGGAGAUCUUGGGCAGUGAGCCCUGUUGGCAAUACCUACUGGCCAGUAAUGCCAUCCCAGGCCUCAUCCAGCUCCUCACUCUCCCCUGGUUCCCAGAAAGCCCUCGAUACCUCCUCAUAGACCGGGGGGACAAGGAAGCCUGUAUCAAUGCUCUGAGGCGUCUGCGUGGCUGUGAGGUCCAGAGAUCAGAGCUGGAUGAGAUCCUCCAGGAGCAGGCUGAAGCUAAAGGCCUGAGGCCCAGCAGACCCUGGGAGCUGUUCGCUGACCGUAAUGUGCGCUGGCAGGUGAUCUCUAUCAUCACUCUCAGCAGCGCCAUGCAACUCUGUGGCAACGACUCCAUCUACUUCUAUGCAUACUAUGUGUUUAAAGAGUCCGGGAUCUCUCCGGAUAUGAUCCAGUAUAUCACCAUAUGCACUGGUACAUGUGAAUUCACAGCCUGUAUAAUAUGUAACCUGCUGAUUGAGCGACAGGGCAGGAAGAUUCUUUUGAUGGGAGGCUACGCUUUAAUGACGGUCUGGGCCAUUGUCUUCACUAUAGCUCUGUGUUUUGAGCACAAGGUGGAGUGGAUGCCCUACUUGAGUAUGGCCUGUAUCUUCACCUAUAUACUCAGCUUUGGCAUGGGCCCAGCUGGAGUGACAGGGGUCCUCCCUACAGAGAUCUUUAGCCAGACUGCCCGUCCAGCAGCCUACAUGAUAGCUGGCUCAAUGAUGUGGAUCAACCUUUUCAUUAUGGGGAUGAUCUUUCCGUUCCUGGUGAGUGAGCUGGGUGAGUUCUGCUUCGUCCCAUUUGCUGCUGUCUGUUUCCUGUCUGCUCUGUACGUGGGCCUGGUUCUGCCUGAGACCAAAGGGAAGACCCUCUCAGCCAUCGCCAACGAGUUCCACAAGCUCAACUACAGGGGCCAGGACAAGCAGGGUCUACCUGCCCCUCAGGCACAGUAUCAGCUGGGAGAGGUCUGCCACUCCACUGCCCUGUAGGCCUACUGCUCUCCUACCUAUGACCUACGACUUCUACCAUUGACUACAGUACUAUUUAUGGUUAAUUAAUUAACCUUAAUUAACCGGGAGAUCCAAUUGAGGUCAGAAUACCUUUUUCCCACAGGAAACCAGGUUUUCCAUCGUCUUGGGUAAAGAUGCAAAGAUGGUGUAUUCCCUUUCAUUAAAAUGAAACUACAGUAAGUCAAUUUUCGGCAAUAAACUCUUGGAGAGAAUAAUUAUUGUUCUGAGCACAGAGAUCCCAUUAAAGUUAUAAUAUGUAAUUAUGUAGUAUUGAGUGGCUUGAGUGAAAGCUUUAUGUACAAAGGGUGCUAAGGGAUGGACCGUCUUUACUUUGAAAGAUGUUCAUUUUAAUAAUGUGCCUUUGGCAUCAAGUAGUCUGCACUUUUAGUCUACCAGUACAGAAGAAAAUGCAAUGUUGUGGGUCCCAUAUCUUGAAAGGGUGAAUGUAAUCCACAUAAAUAUUUAAUGGUGAAUCCCAUAUACACUGAUCAGUGAAGUUAUGUUUUUAUUUUUUUAGGACCAAUAUUUACAAAUCCCUGUGAGCCUGUUUAUGCCGUAUCAAUCACAUAUUGCCUUGUGAUGAAAAUGAAGAAAGUAUAUUCAAAUCGAAUUUGGAUUAUUUAUUUAUUUUUGCUGUCCAAAUCAAAUGCAAAGUUCAACUGCUGUUACAUGUGUCAUAGGGUUAUCAUACAGAUAUGGUGGAUGAUAUUGUAACAAGGUAAAACCAAAGAUAUCUAAGCUACUGUAUGUUGUGAGAGUAUUAUACUGUAUUUAUAGAUCAUUUCAUAUCAAACUAUAUUAUCAAAUAAUCAACUUGUUUUGAACAGUAUGUCAUAUAUUUCAUUGUUUGGAAUAGAUUGUGAUCAUAAACAAAUAAGACCAUGUAUUGUAUCUAUGUGAAAUACAGUGCCUUCGGAAAGUA